UACUAAAAAUAAAAUUUUAAAAAUAGAUAAAAUGACGUCUUACGAGGAGGAAGAUAAUUUUGCGGAAGGAGAUUACGGAUCCGUCCCAAAAUAUCAGCAAUUUCAGGGAGGAGGUGAGCUGACCGCUGCUGGCGAGAAAACAAAGAUUCUGUUAAUGGGACUUAGACGAUCAGGGAAAUCUUCUAUCCAGAAAGUUGUUUUUCACAAGAUGUCUCCCAAUGAAACCUUGUUCCUAGAAUCUACCAACAAAGUGCAGAAAGACGACAUUUCAAACAGUUCGUUUGUUCAGUUUUCUAUUUGGGAUUUUCCAGGACAAAUUGACUUUUUCGAUGCAACGUUUGAAACUGAAGCAAUCUUUAGUGGAUGUGGUGCUCUCAUUUUCGUCAUCGACGCACAGGACGAUUACUUGGAGGUCAGUGACGGAUUUAAAAAUAGGUUUAACAGUCCCUUUAAGGUUGCUCUUUUGACCAAUUUAUUGAUUAGGUUUGAGGUAUUUAUUCACAAAGUGGAUGGACUUUCUGAUGACACUAAGAUGGAAACACAACGAGAUAUUCACCAACGAGCUACAGAUGAUAUGAUAGAGGCAGGACUAGAGCAGGUCAACCUAUCCUUCUAUCUAACAUCUAUUUACGAUCAUUCAAUAUUCGAGGCAUUCUCUAAAGUAGUCCAGAAACUGAUCCCUCAGCUGCCAACUCUGGAGAAUUUGAUAAAUAUAUUUGUCUCAAAUUCUCAAAUUGAGAAAGCGUUCCUUUUCGACGUUGUUUCUAAGAUCUAUGUUGCAACCGACUCUUCUCCCGUCGAUAUGCAGUCCUACGAGCUCUGUUGUGAUAUGAUUGAUGUUGUCAUUGAUGUCAGUUGCAUCUACGGAAUAGGUGAUGAUUUGGAAGUGUCAGCAUUUGAUGAGCAGUCCGCCAGUGUUAUUAAACUCAAUAAUUCUACAGUACUCUUCCUGAAAGAGGUGAAUAAGGUUCUAGCUUUGGUUUGCAUUAUGAGGGAAGAAAAUUAUACUCAUUCGGGACUCAUUGACUUCAACUUCAAGUGUUUUAGAGAGGCCAUAGAGGAUGUGUUUGCGGUCAGAGCAGGACAGUUUCAUGGAGGCAGAGUCAUCAAAGAUAAGGGACUAUCUACUGUCGAGGAGGAGGAAUAAUCUGUAUUCUACUUGAUCUGAUGAAGUGCAUUAAUAUUUAUAAUUUCUACGGCAUACUCCACAUUUUGGACAAUCUUAGUUUUCUUGUCCUUUAAAAGAACUUCAGACCUUAUCCUUCUGUUGAUAAAGUGGAAGGUCAGAUUCACAGCGGCGCCCUUUAACCCCUUAUCUUAGCAACACAGAAGAAUUUUUUGAAGUGUUAUUUUCUUUAAUGCAUAAUCCAAAAGAUAUUUUAACAGAAAACUAAAAAAAGAAAGUUAUCGAGUUUUAGCUAAAACUCAAGGAUUUAAUACAAAUUUACUGAUCAGACAGAGAUUAAAAGGAUAAAUGCCACUUUAUGAUUUAAAUUUGUCCCUUGAAAGAGGAAUUAUAAUUAAAGUAAUCAGUGUUAUUUAUAUUUUUGUAAAGAAUAAUAACUUUUCUAUAGA